AUGCGGCCAAGGGUCAGUCUGUACAGACGUGGAGGCAGCUUGCCCAAUGCCUUUGUUGCAUCCCGUCGCGUCUUGAGCAGCGGAUGCGAAGCGCGUAACAAAACCAUCUUUUCUGGCAUCCAACCUACAGGCGUGCCACAUCUCGGCAACUACCUGGGCGCGCUUCGAGAAUGGGUCAAACUUCAAAACCAGGCUGAGCCCUCCACGCGGUUGAUAUACUCUUUGGUUGAUCUUCAUGCCAUCACUAUUCGCCAACAGCCCAAUCAACUGCGGCAAUGGAGGAAAGAAUCCCUUGCUAUGCUCCUUGCCAUUGGACUGGAUCCUCGGCGUAGCACGCUAUUCCACCAAAGCGAUGUGCCAGCACAUUCAGAGCUAAUGUGGAUUCUUUCCUGCCAGGCGUCCACCGGAUACUUGGGUCGUAUGACACAGUGGAAAGAGAAAACCUCUGGGGAGAAAGAUAACAGCGAGCGGCUCAAACUGGGCCUGUUUUCAUAUCCUGUCCUCCAAGCUGCUGAUGUGUUGUUGCAUCAAACGACUCAUGUCCCUGUCGGACACGACCAAGCACAACAUCUGGAGUUCGCCCGAGAAGUCGCAAACGGGUUCAAUCAUGUUUAUGGAGAUGGACUCCUAACAGUGCCAGAGACUCUCAUUAGUCCUGCCAAAAGAAUUAUGUCGCUAAGCCAUCCGACAUCCAAGAUGUCCAAAUCUCAUCCCAACCCAAAGUCAAGAAUCUUGCUCACAGAUAGCGAAGAAGUCAUAAGGUCCAAAGUCAAGACUGCUGUAACAGAUUCCGUCGACGGUAUUACAUACGACACACAAAGGAGACCGGGAGUGAGUAACCUGUUGGAUCUGAUCUACCACACCGCGCAUCCAGAUGGUCUCGAUGGAGGUCAAGAAGCUCUAGCAGGCGACAUGGCAGACAUGAGUCUUCGAGCUGUAAAGGAUCGAGCUGCUGCCGCUAUUGAAGCCGUGGUGAGGCCAAUCCGUGAGAGAUAUGCGCAAGUGAUCCAGAAUGAUCAGCUUCUCUCGGACGUCGCGCUUCGGGGCGCGAACGACGCCAGGACGAGUGCUUCAAAGACCAUGGAAGAUGUGAAAAGGGCCGUUGGGUUGUUGUGA